GAGUCCAGCAACCUGGUCGAUUAACUUGUGCAAGUGUGCAACAAGACAUCCUCAUAUUCCUAUCAACGUCCCGUCCACCACGCAAGGCGCUCCCGACGGCUCGAACGCUCGGUCCCAGCCACACUAAACCACCGAUGACAGUUCCGCAGAACUCGGGCGUACACCACUGCUCCGGACGGCGAUGGGACUCCUCUGAAGCGUCCGAAGUAUGAAGAAAACAAUCCGCUUUAUUCUGGAACGAUUAUACCGAAUUCCUCCAAGAUUUUAAGAUGGGGAGCAGUAAAACAGAAGUGAACUUGAGGAGGUUGCUCGCAGCUGCACCUCAGCAACAAAACCCGGCAAAACUUGCACAUUAUGUUGCUACAUUACGAGAACAGUUAGAACAACUGGCUGAAGAGAGAACUCCUGAAGGCUUACCAAGGGUUUCAAAGGCUAUGGUGAACGAUUAUUCGGAGAAGAUCGAAGUAAUCGCUUCCAAAUUAGCCCCAUUGGCUACUCAGCCUGGUAUGCAAGUAUCUGAGGAGCCCUUUGCAAAGACAACCAUCCAUGAAAGCCCCAAAACAGGAGCAGAAAAUCAUGUUCUUCCUACUCCUGGACUAAGGAGAAGAUUCGUGCCUGGAUCAAAUACUGAAGAUAGAAUUCAUGAAAAUGCCGAGGCUGUUUCAUCAGCACCUAUCAAACUCGAUGCUGCAGCACAAGCACACAUUGAAAAACACAGAAAGCUUCAAGAGGACUUGACUGAUGAAAUGGUUGGAUUGGCUAAGCAACUUAAGGACAGUAGUCUCAUGAUGAGCCAGUCCGUGCAAAACACUGAAAAAGUACUUGAUUCUACAGAGAAGGCUGUUGAGCAUAGCUUGGCAAGCACUGGCCGUGCCAAUACACGAGCAAUGAAGAUAUACUCUGAGACUUCCAAGACCACAUGCUUCACAUGGCUUGUGAUGUUUGCGAUGACAUGCAUUUUUGUCAUGGUUGUGCUUCUGAUUCGCGUAACCUGAAGUACUUGUUGUGUCAGCCAUCCUAAUCUUUCUUCCUGAGGUUUGUUCAACCCCAUCUUUGAGAUGAUAUUGGCAACCCCUUCGUAUGUAUAAGACUGUCCACAUAUGUAUGUCAAGAUACAGCGUUCAGAUCUUAGUAUAGUUGCACAUCGCCUUUACAUUUAAUGCACGAGACUCUGAUAAAUGGCCACCCACUUUCGAAAUUUACUUGUGUGUAAAUACGUUCUCCUUUCGUGUGGAGGAGACAGCGGUUUCCAAAGAGAUUCCCUUGCUUCA